AUGGACACCUACGAACGAAAUGUUAUGCAGACGCUAAACGUGGUACCUCAAGGUGGUAGCACUGAUAUGAUGAAGAAAGUGGAGAGAGCGUUGAGGCUCAUCAAGACGGUGGAGGAAGCUGAGCGAUGGAUGAUACUUAAUAAGCAGAACAUCCGCUUAUUCAAAAAGAUGUUGAUGUUAAAGAAAGAAAAUCCUCUGCGUCUUGAAGCUAAUAUUGGACUUUGUAAAUCAUACCAGCGGCAACUUCACCGACUGCGAUUAGAUUUAGUUAAGCAAGGUGGUGGUGUCACCAAAAAACAAAAUCGACAUCUAAUCUGGGAGACAAUUGAAACCCACCACCAGGGCAGGGUGAAGACUGGUAUGAUUACCAAUUUGGAUUAUAAAGAUCCAAAUAUAUUUUUCAACCGGGCAUUUCCAAUGUUUAGAAGACACGUUCGGCGUGAGCUAGUGAAGCAUCCCCUCAAGGUGUAUAUUAUGUUCACGGGCAAUUUCAUUAAGCCCACCACCAAAGAGGAGGAUUUGAAAACAUUUAUAACGUCGGCCAAGGAAAUGUAUCUGACAACGGACAUGCAGGAGUGGUACAAUGAUCAUGUCAAAAACUAUUUGCUGAAAAAAUUGGAAGAAUUCCAGGAACGCGAUAGCGGUUGGGCUCUUGACAUGAUCAUAAAUAUUCGAGUCCACAUGAAUAAGUACUCUCCGAUCACAGCUGGAACAUUUUGUGAACUACCACCAGUCAUCAAAAAUAAAUUGGCUGUGAUUAAUGUCCAGAAUGAUGACCAACAUUGCUUUUUAUGGUCGAUAAUGUCAGCACUUUACCCGGUUGAAAGGAAUCCUCAACGUUUAACUAAGUACCCGCACUAUAAACAUCAUUUAAAAUGUGAUGGAUUAAAGUUCCCCAUGUCUCUGGAUCAAAUUAAUAAAUUUGAAAAGAUGAACCCGCAGCUAUCGAUUAACGUGUACGGCUACAAAGAUACGUUUCUACGUGAUUUAGAAAUUUUCCCUGUACGCGUUAGUUCGAACACUGUGGGGAAGAAAAUUCAUCUACUUGCUGUGGAGAAUGGGAACAGUCACCACUUUUGCUGGAUAAAAAAUUUAGCAAAGUUGAGUCGAUCGGGUGUAACAAAAUACAAGAAUAAAAUAUUUUUAUGUGAUCGAUGUCUCAACUAUUUUGCUACAGAAGUCAAACUCCAACAGCAUUCAGUAAAUUGUGGUGAAAAAGAAGCGGUGCGGGUACGAAUGCCUGAAACUGAUGACGAGCGGUUCGUUGAGUUCAAAGAUUUCAACAGCAAGGAACGUGUUGAGUAUAUGGUGUACGCUGACUUUGAGGCGUUAUUGGUACCACAACAUCAUGAAGACAUGGAAAUGGAUCAUGGGUCUUAUACAAAAAAUAUUCAAAAACAUGUACCCUACAGUGUAGGUUACUAUGUUCAUUGUACCCAUGAUCCCAACCAAUCGUUUUAUAAGGCAUACCGUGGUGCUGAUUGUGUCAAGUGGUUUGUUCAUGAACUGGAACAAGUAGCGUACUCAUUAGAGCAAAAAAUAAAACACGUUAAACCAAUGUAUCCGCUCACCGUCGAACAAGAACUGGAUUUUAUGUCAGCAGAGAAGUGUCACAUUUGUGAUAAAGAUUUCGUAUCCAAUUCCAUACGUGUUCGCGACCAUUCACAUCGCACAGGUAAUGUAUCUACCGUGGAGCAGCACACCAAUUUUGUAAUCUGCAUUAUCAAGAUUCAAGGGUGA